AUGGUGUUCGCUGGAGCGGUGGAGUGUAGUGAUCGUCUCCCGAGACAAGUUGCUGUGUCUCAGGAAGUGACCGUUCGGUGGAACACCAAAAAACUGGACGUGGCUAAAUUCACCGCGGACAUCCUGCGUGGAGUGCCAGCGGUGCUUGCCGCACCUGGCAUGGCUCAUGCAGAGACAUCAGUUACAUCGAUGAUGGAGCUGAUUACCUCGGCUUGUGAAGAGUCAAUGCCCCGCAAGAGACUCCGUUGCGAUAUGAGACCCUACGUACAACGCCUGCCUGGCAGAGAGGGUUUUUCCGUUGUGCUGGAAAAAGCUAGGCUCGUGCUCGUAGGGAAGGCUGAAGGAGACCAAGAACUUCCGUCCUCUUACAGACCCCUUUGCUUGUUGGAUACGGCUGGGAAAGUCCUAGAAAAGUUUAUCCGUUCCCGACUGAAUUCAGACGUGGUUGCUGCGGGAUGGUGUGAUAUACUGGACGCUCUGAAGAACACCUUCCACGUACCGGUAUACCUCAUGUGCAUUAUAGAGGAUUACUUCCGAUUCCGCCUCCUCAUGUAUGAUAAUACAGAAGGCCCGCGGACGAUGAGUGUCACUUCUGGUGCUGCCCAAGGCCUGUCACACGCACACGACACAGACGGUUCCGGCGCAGGCAUGUGUCUACUACCUGCGCCGGGACCGUCGGUGUUGUAUGAGCUGUUAGCUGAAACAAUCAAAGCUGGAGAAUAUUUAGCUUUGUUUGAAGCUGUAAAAUUAAGAGUCCAGAAUUUACUACAACAAAGUAACGGUGUAGUUAGUGCUCAUUCUGGAUCUUGCUGUAACAAUGCUAGUAAGAAGAAAUUUAAGCUCCCUAAAAUAGAGAUCAAAAAGUUUGAUGGAGAUUUGAUCAAUUGGCUACCUUUUUGGAGUCAGUUUAGCAAAAUUCAUAGUGACUCAGACAUUGAUUCAGAAGAUAAGUUUCAAUAUUUAUUGCAAUCCAUAGUUACCGGAUCAAGAGCUUUUGAUGUAGUUCAGAGUUUUCCUCCAACUGGUGCAAACUAUCCAAAAGCAAUUGAAUGUUUGAAAGCCAGACUUGGUAAAGAUGACCUAUUGGUAGAGGUUUAUGUCAGGGAACUCUUGAAAAUUGUUUUACAAAAUGCUCUAGGAGGCAAAAACACAAUGAACUUACAAAGUUUAUAUGACAAACUUGAGUCUCAUAUGCGUGCAUUAGAUACCUUGGGAGUUACAACAGAUAAAUGUUCCUCCAUGUUAUACCCGUUAGUUGAAAGUUGUAUGCCUGAAGAUCUCUUAAGGGCCCGGCAAAGAAGCCCUUUGAAAGUAGGUACAGACCCUCAGGAAAGACUCAACAAUUUAAUGAAGUUUAUGUUGUCUGAAGUUGAAGGGGAACAGAGAAUCGGUCUAGCCAUGGCAGGUUUUGGGAUAAGUAGCUCUGGGAAGGAGAAAUCUUUUAAAAGGUCACCUCAAACUCAACCAGGUAAGAUAGACAUACCAACAGCUUCAUGCCUCAUGUCCUCUGGUAAAACUCAAAACUCUUAUACAAAGUGUGUCUUUUGUGAUAAGAAUCAUAAGAGUAGUAACUGUUUUGCUGCUCAGAAAUUGCCAUUGUCUCAUAAGGUGUCCACUUUAAAGGAAAAGAGGUGCUGUUUCCUUUGCUUGCAGCCUGGUCACCGUAUUAAGAAUUGUAGAGCUCAUUUGUCAUGUUCUAAUUGUAAAAGGAAACAUUAUCCUAUAAUGUGUCCUAGUAUUCAUUCCAAAGAAGUAGUGAAUGAGUGUGUAAGCAAAUGUGUUGAUGAGGUAUCUAAAGAAAUGACAGUAGUCGAAGAUACCGCUUUGGCCAAUAAAUCAAGUAGCAGAGUGAAAGUGUUUCUGCAAACAGUAAAGGCAAGAUUAAGAACCCCAGGUAGUAAUCAAUUUGAGACUGUUCGCAUUCUUUUUGAUUCUGGUUCACAGCGUUCUUACAUUUUAAAGGACUUGGCUGGAAAAAUGAAUUACGAAAGCUUAGGAGAAGAAACAAUCAUACACUCUCUUUUUGGUAAUGUCAAAUCUGGUGAAGUAAUUCAUAACAGACAUCGUGUGUUUCUAACCAGUCAAGAUUACAGUUACAACUGCAACUUUGAGGUAUUGAGUCAAACUACCAUAUGUGGGGAAAUUUCACCUGUUACCGAAGGUCCCUGGAUACAGGAACUUUUAGAGAAAAAUGUUUCUCUGACUGACAUACAUGAGACCGAGCUACCAAUUGGUAUUUUGAUUGGAGCGGAUAUAGCGGGUAAACUAUUCACGGGAAAUAUGAUUGAACUGAAAUCUGGACUAGUGGCUAUGGAAACUCUUCUGGGAUGGACACUGAUGGGUAAGGCUAUAAUUAGUGGUAGUACAGGUUCAACUACACUCUCCACUGUUGUAACAUCAAUGUUUAUUAAUGAUGCUGACAUAUCAGAACUGUGGAGAUUAGACACUAUAGGCAUUACUGAUACAAGUGAAUCAGUUUCCAAAGAGCAAAAGGCUUUGGCAGUUAAAGAGCAUUUUAUAAAGACUACCACUAUAAAUGAAGAAGGUCGAUAUGAAGUAAGUUUGCCCUGGGUUGAUUGUCAUCCUACUUUGCCUAGUAACAGAGAGUUAGCCGAAAAGAGGUUAUCAACAGUUGUAAAGAAAUUGGAUGGUAACAAUUUAACCGAAGACUAUGACUCAGUUUUUAAACAGUGGUUAAGUGAUGGCAUCAUUGAAGCUGUACCUUCUGACGAUUUGAACAACAACUUUCACUACCUGCCACAUAGACCUGUAGUGAAGGAGAGUAGUAUUACCACACGAAUUCGUCCAGUGUUUGAUGCAUCAGCAAAGACCAAGUUUUCACCCUCAUUGAACGACUGUAUUGAAAAUGGACCAAAUUUAAUUGAACUGAUUCCUUCUGUUAUGAUGCGUUUUAGGGAAGGGAAGUUUGGAGUUAUUGCUGACAUAGCAAAAGCCUUCUUACAGAUAUCGUUAAAUGUACAAGAUAGAGAUUUUCUUCGGUUUUUAUGGUUUGACAUCAAUGAAAGAAGCCGAACUAUUGUUUACCGCCAUAAAAGAGUUGUUUUUGGAGUGAAAUGUAGUCCAUUUCUUCUAGGGGCAGUAAUUGAUCUACAUCUUCAAAAAUCUAUGACUUCUCAGGAGUAUGAUGAUAAUGUGGUAAAGAAGCUGAGUAAAAGUUUUUACGUGGACAAUGUUUCGACCAGUGUAGAUACUUAUGAGGAACUAAAACACUUUGUUGAAGAAUCGAAACAAGUUAUGGCUGCCGCUAAGUUUGAUUUAAGAGGAUGGCAUGCCACGAGCGUCAUUGAAGAAGGAGAUAACAAGUUCGUCACUAAUGUUUUGGGAGUUCAAUGGAACUAUAUUGAGGACGUUCUGUUUUUUAACCUGACGAACUGUAUUAAAGAUUUGGACGUGUCUCGAAUCACAAAGAGAGACAUUUUAUCCAUAUCUCACAAGAUCUUUGAUCCAAUUGGUAUCCUUUGCCCUGUUACUUUGUUUCCUAAACUUCUUCUGCAAAGUAUGUGGGACUUGAAAAUUGACUGGGACACUGAAGUAAGUUCAGACAUCAGUAAACGAUUCAUACUGUGGUAUAAUGAGUUAAGCGCUCUUGAAAAAGUGAAAAUACCCCGAUGGAUAGGUAAAAUGACUAUGGAUUCAAAUGGUUGUAGUAUUCAUACAUUUUGCGACGCAAGUAAAGAUGCCUAUGCUACAGUUAUUUACUUGAGAGUUGAAAUUGAAGAUGAAGUAAGAGUCCAAUUAUUGUCUGCAAAAUCAAGAGUUGCUCCUCUGAAUAAAACUACGAUUCCAAGGUUGGAAUUAUUAGCCGCCACGGUGGGAGCACGUCUCACAAGCUGGACUAAAAAUCAAAGUUCAAAAAAGGUUCAUGUUUGA